AUGAAAUAUUGGCAGUUAUCAAUGGAUGGGCCCCGAACAAUCGUGCUAAACCGUCAAAACGGUGCUUUCGGCUUUACAUUGCGACAUUUUAUUGUCUAUCCGCCUGAUAUCCAUGAUCCAGUAGUUGCUAAAAAGCUAGCAUUAAGUGGCCUCUCCAAUUUUUCACAACCCAUGGACACAGUUUUUGUCAAAAAAGUUAUUCCCGAAUCUGAAGCUGAUUAUGCAGGACUUCGAGAAGGCGAUCGUUUGAUUGCUGUUAAUGGAAUUCCUGUAUCAUUACAAUUCCAAUUUGCUGAUAUUGUUGCAACGAUACAAAAAACACCAAAAACUUUGGUCAUACAAAUCGUCCCCAAGGGCUAUGAUAUUUUACAAACUUUUUUUAGCGAUACAGCUCAUAAUCCCGAAACAAAUCAACGUCCUCAAUUGCAACUUCCAGUGAGAUCUAAUGUCAUGCCUUCGAAGCGUCGUGAUCAACCGCCUCAUUUGCCUAGCGUCACGGAAAAGCAAGAAUCCGUUUACAGUGCUCUUGUGCCAACAGUUAGUCAAAGUCUUAUGUUUCCAGCACAUAAUCCAAAAAUGGCAAUUGUUCAACCUCGAGUACUGCACAACAAUUCAAGUCAAAGUCAAUUUGCUCCUUCAAUAAGUUCCAAUCAACAAGUGAAAGAUGCCAUUAUGUCACGACUUCGACACCAAAUUGAACAAAAAGAAGAAUUUCUAAAGCGACCGACAAAGCCUUUUAUUCCUGAAGCAUCAUCAACACCAUCAACUUCAUCAUCACAAGCAAAUCAAAUGCCGAGAAGUUUUAUUUAUCAAACAAAUCGACUGAAAUCAAAUUGGCCAGAGACGAAUGAUGAUUGUGCAAAAUCAUUGGAAUUUAUUCGACAACCACAAACAAUUCCACAAGAAAUUUCUGAUUUACAAAGCAGUCGAUUUGCUCUGCGUGAACAGUUUUUUAAGGAUCGCAGCUCUAUUUUAAGAAGUCCAAACAGUGCUUACUUCUCAUUGCCCACCUCACCUUAUUAUGUGCAAGAUUCACAACCGAGCACAUCUUCAUUUACAGGAAGCAGUAACAGUGUCAUUGAAGGUUCCUCUGAGAGGACUGUCAGUGAAGAUCUUCGACAUACACGAAUUGGAACGUCCCCGAUUCCAUCACAAGGUCUUCGAAUUGUCUCUGAACGAGCCAAACAGUUUGAAUCUGGACGCCCACUUUCACCAGACGGAAUUGACCGAACGUCGCUUUACAAAAGCGAACUUAGCAGAAUAAAUACAAAACAAGUGGCAUCUAAUGUUGCUUUAAGACGUCAAGUAUUCGAAUCUAAAGCAAGCGGCGGUGACUCAUCGUGGCGGUGUUCGUCUGAUGAUAAAAUCAAAGAUGAUAAGGAACAGCAAUUUAAAGGAAUUACAACUAAGACGCGAUCAUUGUCGGCAGAAUCUAUUAAGACAGAAUGUGUUGAUAAGAAUAGUGAAUUGAAUUAUAAAAAAGAAAGACCGAAGCCGGUUCGUGAGAAUUCUUAUUUGACGGCUGUUCGAUGUUCACCGGAAGUUGCUGCUGUUGUCUUACGACAAAAGGCAAAUGCUAAUCGACUAUCAAGUGAGGAAGAUGAUCGUAAAACAAGAAGAACUUCAUACUUGAAAGCAACAGAGAAUGAAGAGUUUCAACUUCCAAUUUAUUCGGAACAAAAUUCUGCAUCGUCUGCACUUGAAGAAGAUGAAACGCAACAAUUGAAAAGUGUUUAUCCCAGAUGGACUGUUCCAAAGUUUAAUGUCGACAUUCAAUUUUUACGACGAAUCUUUGAAGAUCCUCAGGCAGUUUCUGACAACCAAAUUCUUAUGAAUCAUGAUUUUCCAAAUUAUAAAAGCCAAGGAUCUAAAAUUAAAGCACUUGGAUAUUUCCGAUGUAACCAAGUAUCAGAUGCAAAUGUUGAGAUCACAAAACAAGGAAUUUUGCAAAUUAAAGUCACUUUAAUUAAUGGAAGAAAAUCCCAAGAUCGUUCCUGGCGUACAUACAAUGGAGAACUGAAGAAAAAUGUACUCAAAUUAACAACAGUGCGAGAGAGUAAAAUCAGUCAAAGUCCUGAUUCUGGAGGUGGUACAAUUGACUUAACAAACUUCAAUGUCACAGAAGCAAAUUAUACGAAACGAAAGAAUGUGUUUCGGUUAUCAUCAGCUCACUAUCCCGAGGCAUGCGAUAACGAGUGCGAAUUACUCCUACAGACACAGACACAACAAGACAUGCUUGAUUGGAUAAGUUGUUUAAAGGCGGUCUCGAAGAAAGACGAAGAAGAUGUCAGUCAAGAUCCGAAAAAUUGUUCGAAUAUCGGCGCACAAAAAGCGGAACCACAAAGAGUUGCAGCUUUAGAAUCUAUUCAGGCAUCGAGUCUUAUUCAUAGCAGCGACGAUAAUCCAUCGCCAAUAACAUCAAAACUACAACGAAAAUAUCAUUUUGGUCAUGCACGAUCACCUUCGGGACAAUCUCCAGUUACGAAGAGUCGAAAAGCACCACAAAAUCUUCUUGUAUCGGCUUCAUCUUUAAACUCAUCGAAUCGUGAUGGUUCCGAUAAAGAAACUCAUUCACCCAAACAAAAAUCAUGGAAGCAUUUUGUAACAAAUCAAUUUAAGAAGAUGCAACCACAAUCAGAUUCUUCAUCCGCGCAUGAAACUGUUUCGGAAUGUUCGCCUUUAUCACAAUGUACACCAUCGGAGGAAAAUUUCUACGUGCCUCUACUGGUAGCAAAAUGUACGAAAAUUGUUGAAACCAAAGGCUUAAACAUUGUUGGAAUUUAUCGUAUUCCUGGAAAUACUGCAGCUAUAGCUAAUUUAAAUGAGCUUAUAAAUCGUAAUGGAAUGGAUGAGCAGACAUUAAGCGAUCCAAAAUGGGAAGAUGUUAAUGUAGUGUCGAGUUUAUUGAAACUUUUCAUACGAAGUCUUCCCGAACCAAUUCUUCCCAACGAACUUUAUGGAAGUUUUAUUGAUGCUGAUAAAAUUUCCGAUCAAGUCCAAAGGUUUCAUGAAUUAAGAACAUUAUUAAGAAAACUCCCACAACAUAACUACGAGACACUUAAACAUCUUAUAGCACAUUUGACAGUGGUCAGUAAGAAUGCAACUGUGAAUCUCAUGGAACCAAGAAAUCUCGCUAUCGUAUUUGGACCAUCGAUUGUUCGUAAAUGCAACGACUCUUUGGAGAUGGUAGUGAAAGACAUGAAGCAUCAAUGUCAGAUUGUGGAAUCUUUAAUUAAUAAUUAUGGAUAUUUCUUCGAAAACGAUCCGCUUCCAAAAUUGAAGAAUAAAAAUGUUCAAUCAACGAAUGAUUCCGGAUCGGAACUGCCUUCGGCAGACUUUUUGCUAGAAAAUGUUUGCAAGAUAGAACCUUUAAGUAGAGACUCACAUAAGGAAAGUUCAUCGCGUUUUGUAGCAAAUAUUGUUCAAGCAGCAAAUAGAAAAAUUAGAAAGACAGCACAACGACGAAGCACUUCAUCAUCAUUAACACCAGACACAUUAUCAUUAGACAGCAUAACUACGUCUGCUGAAUCAAAGAAUCUUCGUUAUAGUAAUAAUAAUAACAAUAAUAAUAAUAAAUCGCUGAAGGUUAAAAGUAACGAAUCAUUAGCUGAAACACCGCGAUCAUCUGAAGAUGACUUUGAUAGUGCUUUCACUGAAAAUGGUGACAAUGCACCAUCGUCUCUAACUGCAGCUGUAACAGAAAUGUUGGAAAAUAAAUUGCGAUCGCUUCGAAACUCAUCUGUCGAUUCAUCUGAUAGAGAAGAUAUUAAAUCUGAAACUGAAUCAGCUCCAUCGAAUAAAAGUCAAAUAACAAAUCCACGCUUAUAUGUUGUUAGUAAGAUGUCACAUUUACAACAUCCUGGUUUACCUUUGACUUUAGGCGAAAACAUUCCGUUUGCCGACGAAUCUCCUGAACGACCGUUGAUUCAAGCUCGUGUUAAACCCAUAAGACAAUCAACGAAUAAUUCCAUAAUCAUCGAUAAAUCGAAAAAUGAUAAAAUCGAUGAACAACAACAAAAUGAAUACUCAUCUGAUGACACUGAUUCGUCAACAACAAGCAAUCAUCGCGUGCGAAUGAGAUCAGUUAUCCGCUUAGAAGAUUCUGUUCUAAGAAAAGUCAACAGAAUUCUUACUAAUCUUGAACAUCUUGAACGAAAGUAUAGCCUAAAUCGAUCACUUUCACUGAAUUACAAAAGUCAACGAAGUUACAACAAUGAAUGUUGUUGUAAUGCAAACAAAGCUGAUAAAUCCAGGCAGUCAUUAACGAAAGAUGAGAAAACAGAUAAGAAUAUUAACAAACGUCGUCAACUACAUGAUACAACAAACACAAGCGGUAAUCAACAGUCAAUGAGUAGCGCAAACGGUAGUGCAAAAUAUCGCCGACAUUCCAAUGGAAGCAGAUCAAUCAGACGUAGACAUACAGUUGGUGGAGUUCACGAUUAUCCAUCUAUAAUUAAAACUGAUCGGACGAAUUGUCAGAGUUUCAUAAUAAUGAAAUUAUUCUCACAACGACACAAUAUCUUUGUUUGUUUGUUUUUCUUUAUUAGUUUAAAUAAGUCAAAAUCUAAAAUGGAUAACAAAAAUUUGAAGCAAAUUCACGAAGAAUUUAAGGAUGUUAUUCGUCAUCCAGAAGCAUUUCUGCAAAUCCAAAAUGAAAUAGCUCAGAAAAUAAAAGAAAAACUUCUUGAGCCAAUUUAUUCAUAUAGUAGAACUAUUGUUUCAAGGCAAAAGUCGAAAGCAUUGGAGAAAUUGAUCAUUGAUGGAAUGGAUGAUGAGUCAAUAUGGCAACAAUUGGAGAUACAGAACGAUGAGAAUUUGCAAGGCAAUAUUAAGAAUGUUUCUCGAUUUCUAGCAUCAAAUACUGAUAAAUUUAAAGUUGAUCUUACAAAUAAUUUAAACACUGAUCAGGAAAGUGGAAUUGAAGAUCAUGAAGAAACUCUUGAAGAUGAUUCAAAUGACGAUUCUGAAAUGAAUGAAGAAAGUGAAGUGAAUGAAGAUGAUGAAAGUGGAAAUGACACAGAUGAAAAUGAAAGUGAUGAAGAAGAUGAGGAAGAAGAUUCUCCUAAGAUAAAGAAAAAAAAGAAUAUGAGAAAGUCUGUGGUUGAUGAUAAGUUUUUCAAGCUGAGUGAAAUGGAAGAAUUUUUGGAAAUUGAAGAAGAACUUGAAAAAAAUCCCAAUUUAAAUGACGAAGACGGAAUUGAUUUCUUUGAAGCUAAUGAAACGAAUAGAGAAGAAUCUUUGAGAUAUUCUGACUUUUUCGAAGACGAGAAUGAGAAUAAUGAAGGUGAGAGAGAAGAAAGAGAAGACGAACCAGCGGCAGCUUCUGAUCAACCAAAAUCGUCGCAUGAGUUGAAACAGGAACGGCUGAAGAAGAAAAUUGAUCAUAUGGAAAAUUCGAUGUUAGAUGAAAGGCCAUGGCAAAUGAAAGGAGAAGUGAAAGCUGAUAAUCGUCCACAGAAUUCUCUUCUUGAAGAAAUUCUCGAGUUCGAUUCGACUACGAGAGCAGCUCCAAUCAUAACCGAAGAAGUCACUUUGAAACUUGAAGAUAUCAUUCGACAAAGAAUCAAAGAUAAAGCAUUCGAUGAUGUUGAACGUAAAGUGAAACCAUCAGACAUUCAAAUGGAAUACAAGAAACAAAUUGUCUUGAAUCAAGAGAAAAGUAAAGAAUCGCUUGCUAAAAUUUACGAGAAAGAAUUCAUCCAAGAACUCGACAAAUUAAAUCCAGAUGAAGAAGAACCAGAAGAGCCGAAAAGUCACAAAGAACUGCGAUCAAAGCUCAAAGAUCUUUUCGAGAAAUUAGAUUUGCUAUCCAACUUUUACUAUACACCUCGACCAGCUCAACCCGAACUCAAAAUUAUCACAAAUAUUCCCACAAUUGAAAUGGAAGAAGCGACGCCGACAGUUGUUAGCAACGUGACUUUGCUUGCACCUGAAGAAAUUAAAAGAAAAGCUAAAGGUGACAUGAAAGGAGCUGAUGAGAGAACAAAAACCGAUAAAAAUCGAGAAAGACGUCACAAGAAAAUUAUUCAACAAAAUAAAUUUAAAAAGCAGUCGACUGAUAGCAAAACUACAAUGAAGAAAGUCACAAAAGCUCGAAACGUUGAAAAGAUGUUAACCACGGAAACCACAAAAUCUUCAUCAGAUUUCUUCACAAAACUUCAAGAUAAUUUAUCACUCAAUAAAAGCGGAAAACGAGAACGAAAUUCAGAAACUGAAAAGAAAAAUCAUCAAGCAAAGAAAUUUAAAUUGUAG